AUGGUCCUCCGAUCAAAACGUCUCACGCCGGAUCAGCCCACACCGCGAUGGGCCCUCGCGCUCCUCGCCCUGUCCGCGCUCGGCCUCGUCUCGGCCUCUAGCGGAGACAGACUCGAGGUCUUCCGCUCGUGCGUGACCUCGUGCGAGUCGGAGCCGUGCUCCCUCUCCCUCCUCCUGCGAGCGUUGGGCUGGUCCUGCGCCUCCAACUGCGCGUACAAGUGUUCGCACACGGUCACCGACCUCUCAGACGGAGGGCAGCUGGGGUACCACCAGUUCUUCGGGAAGUGGGCCUUCUGCCGGGUCCUGGGCGUGCAGGAGCCUUUCUCUGUGCUCUUUUCGCUGGGGAAUCUCUGGGUGCACUGGAAAGGACUGAAAAUGCUCGAGAAAAGAGUGCCGGAUAGCAAUGCGCUGAAGCCGUGGCUCAAGGCUGCGGCUUGGAUUCAGAUGAAUACUUGGCUCUGGAGCUCGGUGUUCCACACGAGGGACGUCCCCUGGACCGAGAAACUCGACUACUUCUCUGCCAUGAUCACAGUAGCCUUCAUGCUGCUCUACGCCCUCCUGCGCAUCUUCAACAUCCAAACGCCCUCAAGUUCCACCUCCCGACCCAUCCUGCGUCUCCUCCUCUCCCUGCUCAUUGGCGGAUUCGUCCUGUCUCACUUCAUCUAUGUCUCCUCCCUCCCCCGUUUUCCCUACGGGUACCACGUGGCCGUCGCCAUGGUCCUGGGAACGAUCGGGAAUGUGUUGUGGAUCCUGUGGAGUCUCUCCUUCGUGCUCGAGUUCCCCACUCUCAGAAUUGCGGGUAGAACGGUGGGGUGGCCGUGGCCUUAUGGUCCCAACUGGAACCCGCAUAAGAGCAAGAGACCCAAGGGGGCGUUCACCCCCCCGAUCCUGACGCUUCUCACGACCGCGGCCAUGAGUCUCGAACUCCUCGAUUUCCCGCCCAUCUUGAGAGCUAUCGAUGCGCACUCGCUCUGGCACCUUGCUACUAUCCCGCUUAGUAUGGCUUGGUGGGAUUUCCUGGUGCGCGAUACCAACGAUCUCCAGGCGCUCACUGGGAGCCCGUUGAGUGGGAGUCCCAAGUUCUAG